ACGAUGGACGAGACGCAGUCGAUCCCCUUCCACCUCCUGCCGUUAGGGUUCCGUUUCCAUCCCACAGACGAAGAGCUCAUCAAUUACUACCUCAAAAGCAAGAUCAACGGCAAGAUCAAGGCCGCCGACGCCGCCGUCGUCCCUGAGAUCGAUGUCUGUAGAUUCGAGCCUUGGGAUCUACCGGAGAGGUCGCCUAUCAAAUCGAACGACCCUGAGUGGUUCUUUUUCGCGCCAGUUGACCGUAAGUAUGCGAACAGUGGCCGGUCGAACCGGGCAACGGAGGCUGGAUACUGGAAGGCGACCGGCAAAGACCGGUUGAUCCGGUCUAGGGUUUCGCGUGAGAAGCCCGCUGUGCUCGUUGGGAUGAAGAAGACGCUGGUUUUUCACCGGGGGCGUGCGCCGAAAGGAUCGAGGACUAAUUGGAUCAUGCACGAGUAUCGAACUGUUGAGCCUGAGUUUGAGAACGGUGGCGAUCAGGGUAGCUUUGUUCUUUGCCGACUGUUUAAAAAGUCUGAAGAGACGCUUUCCCCUACCCCGGCCAAGUCUUCUCCAAGCAGUAUGUCCCAAAGAGAAGAUGGCUUGGAAGAAGAAUUUGCAACAUCAUCAACUCGAGAGUCACCCGAGUCGCACCUGCAAAAAGAGUUGCAGCCUUUGCCUAUCACAUUUAACAAGCAACCAGCAGAUAUCAGGCUGGCUGAUGAAGCAAAUUACUUGGUAUCUCAUCCCAUUAAACUAGAAGAAAGACAUUGCAACAGCAAUAUGACUUUAGAUGCCGGUGAAUGGGAGACUAAAAAUACUGGAGUGGAGGAUCCUCCUUUGUUUGAUGAUUUAGCACAGUUCUUAGGUCCAGAAUAUGAGCAUCUAUUUUCUGAUGAUCUUCCACAAAUCAAUUCACUGACGUUAAUAAGUUCAGAUUAUGGAAUAAAUUCUGCUGAUGACCAGACUCAGGCUCAGUAUCAGACAUCUGAGCAAGACUCUGUUUCUGCGUUAUUAGAUGCUAUGCUCAGUACUCCAGAAGAAUAUUCUGCUGAUGUGGCGGAUUGUCGGGGAGAAACAGAGGCUGUUUCUGAUGGUCAAAUUUCUAUGAUUAAUGACACGGAUAGUUGUAUGAGCAGUUAUGUUGAUUCAGAAGCUCUAAGGACGCAGGGUGGCCUUGGUCUGGAAACCGAAUCAACCUUCUAUUUCCAAUCCAUGGAAAUUAGAAACUUGCCUGUCCGUUAUUCCAAGUUUGGUGAAUAUUCAGUUGGUCCAGCCAAUUCCAUUGGAGAUAACAUCAACAUCAGGCAUCGAAAUCGAGAAAAUAUGACCAGCUCAUUUGCCUCUUCAUUCAAUUACCCUGAGCAGCAGGGCAUAGCAGAGAGGAGGAUUCGGUUGCAAAGCUCAAAUCAAAUGAAGAAAAUAUCCAAACAAGACAACUACAUUAAUAAGAUGAAAUUAUCAAAGGUAAUAUAUUUCAUAUAUUCUUUGGCAUUAAAUUUGUGA